GGAAUACUCUGCUAUUCAACAGGGCGUUGUCUCUCCAGAUCACGCAUGUCUGUAUAAAUAUGUAUCUAUAGUAUGUGUUAUUAUGGAAAAAAGAUAUUUUAAAGUUAUAUUUGCACAGUGUGCACAAAGAAAUUGUCUUUGAUAAUUUGUAGUACUUGUAGAUCAACUGCACACUUUUUUUUAUUGUCUUGUAUUAGGCUAGGUGUGUUCAAGCUUCUGCUAUAAGCGUUUGACGGAAUAGUUACUUAGAUCAAAGUCUGAAUGGUUGUUCAUAAACUGGUUACGCGUGGACGUGUUUGUGUAAUUUACUACAUCGUUUAGUGAAGGACACGUUGAUCUAGACACAUGGAGAAAUUGGCAGAUUCUUGGCAUUUCCAGAGGAUUUGUUCAAAUGGCUACGACGAUCAGAAGAUCUGAAUAUAUAAACUUUCUUUAAUAAGGUAAACUUAAUUUGAAAAACUUAAAAAAAUAAAUAAAUAAACCAACUCAUUUCAUUGAGUUACCAAACACAUCAGAAUAUCGCUGUUCAGUUGUGUCUGAUUGAUUUAUUUGAGUAUUGAGAUUGCAAUAUCAGCCUAAAUAUUUUGGUAACCUUUCAAUAAGGGGAAGUUAUAACCCCUCCGCCCUACCACCCCCCCCCCCCAUUUAUUUGAGUAUUGAGAUUGCAAUAUCAGCCUAAAUAUUUUGGUAACCUUUCAAUAAGGGGAAGUUAUAACCCCUCCGCCCUACCACCCCCCCCCCCUUCUCAGUACUUUACACCCUAGAUCCAAUGGAGUUGUUCGUAUUUGGCUGGUGUUUGACUUCCGCAAUUCUUGUCUGGACCCAACUGUUCCUUUCCAUGAGUCAAAUAGGUGUCAAAUAAUUUAGUAUCAGUUCUCAUGUAACGUCAGCUAUAUAUUGAGCAAACAAUAAAUUUGACUUGAUUCAGAGGAUUACAAAAAAAUUAAGUAACAAACUAACACCAUCUGGCAUGUGUUGUGUAUUUCUCAGAUUCCAAUAUGUGUGUAGUUGCUGCCGGACGUCUUCUCCAUAGUUACUGUAGUAUGUUCUUUCCGUAGUUAAUGUAGUAUGUCCACUCUAUAUUUACUGUAGUAGGUCCACUCCAUUUAUUUAUGCCACGACUAUGUCCGUCUCAUGAGAGUAGAGAAUUUUUAAGGGCAGAAGCAGCCAGGACAUUCAUAACAAUAUUUUAGUACCUUGGCCUAGUUAAGCACCUAAUUUACAGAUACACAAGUGUACAUGGCGAAGGCAGUGCAUAGUUAUCAACACAAGCCAAAGUUGUGAGAGAUAAAAUAUUUCAAAUUGCUUACUAAUGCUAUUAUAUGUAUAUACAUAUAUUCAUAUAUACAUAUAUAUAUAUCUAAGGAAAUUUACGGCAGCAUAGAUCGUGUAGAAAGGCGGUUCUCAGCCUGUGGGGUCGCAACCUCUUUGGGGGUCAAACGACCCUUUUACAACACACUGAAAAACAAUUUACUCUACAGUUAUGAAGUAGCAAAGAAAAGAAUUGCUUGGUUGGGGGUCGCCACAACAAUGGGAACUGUAUCAAAGGGUCAUGACAAUAGGAAGGCUGAGAGCCACUGGUGUACAGGAAUGUGCCACUGGAAUUACUAUCUUUCUGCCAUAGGUGGCUCCACCUAUCGCUAUGUUUGCCAACAUGUUCACGUCGGGCCCCUUGAUCAUUACGAGACGAGAUUUCACGAAUAUACUCUAUUUAUUAAUUUAAUUUAUUUGCAGUUAACAUUACCUGUAUCAACAUUAAAAAACUAUCGGAGAACGUCACAAACUAUCCAAAUAAUUUUUCAUUUGAGUCAAUUCAUUAAAAAUGGAGGAUUUACUUGGAGGACAUUUUAAAGAUCAACUCCAGAGAACAAAAAAGGCCCCAGGAACAAACCAAGCCCCCGUUGGCCCACAUGGCUGUGGCUCUAUGUAUAAAAGGUUUAUGGGCCAACAGCUUGUUCGACAACACACGCUUCAAAUGAGACCAAGUCCACACAAUAUCACGGCGUUUUGUUCUCCCGUUCACACUUGGACUGCCCCAGAUCAGGGCUUUUAUCAUGCCCGCCUUGUGGGAGAGGAAGAGAACAACGAUCAGAGUAUGACAGAUCCUUAUCGCAGAAUAAUUUACUUAUCUCAUAAUUUGUCAGGAACCACUCAGUAUAUACCAGGGCCAAAUCAGGGCAUACAAGCGCCCACUCUAGAUAUACCAGCGCCCACUAAUGGUAUUCAAGCGCCCACUCAGGUGAUACAUCAACAUCCCCAUGAUCAACCUAAACAACAUUUCCACAGUCCCACCUCAAACUACCACCAGACUGACUCCGAAAGGUUCAACAGAGAAGAAUAUACCAUUACGUCUUACCCUAGGCACGAUGACCCACACCAACACUUUCACCAUGUUCAAGCCACACAACCGACUUUUCCUUCCAGCCAGCAGCUUCAACACCCCGGCGAUCUAUCUCGUCAACUCCUAGCAGAAACAACAAGACCAGUGCGACAUGAGUUUGGUCCAAACAUCAGAAACGAUAUCCAUAAUUCAAUCAGAUCAUCGAUCACAAAGCUUGGAACAAUCACCCAAGUUUGUGGGCCGCCUAUGGUGGGAAAAUCAACUUUAGUUGAUCAGGUAAUGGAUAUUUUAACACACAGUUUAUCUGCAUUACUUGUUUAAUUAAUAUUCAUUUCCAUACACACACGCAAACACGCAUAUAUAUAUAUAUAUAUAUAUAUAUAUAUAAAUAUAUAUAUAUAUAUAUAUAUAUAAAACAUAAUAUGAUAUACAUAUACAUACACACACAAACACACACAUAUAUAUAUAUAUAUAUAUAUAUAUAUAUAUAAAUAUAUAUAUAUAUAUAUAUAUAUAAAACAUAAUAUGAUAUACAAAUAUAUACAUUCAUAUUGUACUUCAAAUGUUUCCUUACAAAGUGAACAAAUCCUGGCCUACUAUAAAGUGGGUUUAUUUCAGAAGAUGGAAUCAAACAAAUUAUAAUCGGUUUAGGCAAAAUAAGAAGAAAUAUUGCAUUUAUAAAUUAAAAAAUCUUUAAUAGUAGUCUUGAUUUGGCAUAUUUUAGGCUAUCCAAGAAUUGCAAGAAUCACAGCCCAAUAGUCAACACGAUGGAUUCCUGUACCACUCGUUCAUGUGUAAGGGACUGGCUACACUUCAAGAUAUCCUUGCUACCGUCAUGGCCACAAUACGGCAGGGCCGCACCUUCAGUACUUCAUCAAACACCUACACGGAGGCGUUCGUCUUAAGUCAGAUUCAAUCUUUGCUUAUGCGUUGCGAAAAACAUCAUCAUAUUUUUGUGUUCCACAAAUGUGAGAGUGUGCGAACCUCUGGUAGAGACCACGAGUUUUUGACGUUUUUGAAAAAAUUGUCCAAAUUUUGGUGGUCGGCUGGUUUCAUGGUCAGUGUUGUGUUUACAACAUACAAGAAGUUUCCUAUUGCAGGAAGCAAUCCUGGACACGUGGAGGUUGACAUGUUGACUGACCCCAUCGACAUCAAGGCGUUACUGGAACACCACGCCCCUGGUGUAGACGUGACAGGCUAUAUAAAGAUUUGUCAGAAGUUUUUGUGUUUUCCAGAAGCUGUCACUCGUUUCGCGGAAGAAUAUCUUGUUGACGAUGCGACCCGAUCUAGUCCAGAACAUUUGGAAAAACGCGUGUGUUUGGAUGCAGAUUUCCAUUCUCUGAUAUUUGACAAGAGAGUCACUGACGUAGAAGGGUGGCUGCCAAAACCUGACUUAGAACUUCUCAUGUACUUUGGCAGCUCCGUGGACUCAACUUUUACCGAGGGUAGGAACUUCCACAAUACAAAUAAAUACAUUUUUUAAACUAUUGCAAGAGUUUAAACCAGUUGCGUAGCUAGGGUUUGUGUCACCCGUUGCAGUGAAACCACGGUGUCACCCCACUCCCCCGACUUGGGGAUUUUUUAAUGUUAAAAUAAGUCGACUGUAUAAUAAUGACAAGAACAAAAACAGAUCAUUCUAAUGUUACGAGGUCAAUGUAUUUAUUUAAGAACUGUAACAACGCAAAGUGUUAUUUAUUUUUACAUUAAUUUUACUUUAAUCAAAUUGUCUUUUCCCGUUCUUCAAAGCUGCAAAUCUGCUAAUCACUUGACCAAAAUCAAUAUUGUUCACAGUAUCAUUUUUAAUUGAUAGUAGAGCCAGAUCAGAAAGACUUCACUGCCCCAUGGUGGCAGGGCCGGCGCUAAACAUUUUUAGGUUGGGUGAAAGUAUUCAAUUGUCGCCCUCUGGAAAAUUGUGGGAAGCGUUGAGAAAUUUUUUUUUUUUUGAUUUGAACAAAUUUUGCCGCUUUCAGCGGUUCGCCUUUGAGAUUAUCAUGCAUCGUACCCGCCUGGCGGAUCGUAGAUAGUUCUUGAUAAGCCUUAGUUUGAAAAGUUUGGCUCACAGGAAGCCACAAACACACAGCUCGUAAGAAACAAUUGAAGGCUAAGCGAGAGCAUUUGAGGAGAUUCUAGGAAGUCCCAUUCGGCUAUGAAUUUCGUGACAUCAAUUUCUGACCAGUCCAUGACUUUGUGAAAUCCAAUAUCAGCUGCCUUUAGGUGUCUUCUAUGACUUCGUAUUUUUUUAAAAAAUUCAUCGCCCGACAACUCAUCAUAGAAAGAGGCUCAUUUUGGAUCGGACACCAAUAACUCUUCUUCACUUGUUGAUAAGAGACUCUUAGCUUGAACAGCCCCAAACAUAUCUGUUAUUUCCUUGAUCACUGAUGGUCUUAUCAGAAUGAACGCCAGCAAUGCAAUCAAUCUUCUCCAUGUGUUUCUUCUCGCAGAGAGAAUCCCGCAUCUAUUAAUUGUUCUCCUGCCAUUAUCUUCUUAAACCUCAAUCUUCUCUCUACCAAAAUUUCACAUUGGUCUGAUUGUAAAAUUGCCUUCCGGGGUUUCAAUAGCACGUUACACAAAGGGACAGCGCUUCUCAUGCAGAAACAAUCUGUCUUAAGGUAUCUAGGUUGGUCACCACUUUGUCAAGAGUAAAGCCUUUAGUCUACAGACACUGCUGUGUAAGAUUAACUUCCUCAAGUAGAUCAUCAGAUAGGCAAAGUUAGCAGAUAUAUGCGGAAUCGCAGACAUCAUGUAAAAGACAAUCAUGCUCUAUUGUUAAGCGGCGGUACUAGUGACGAAUAUGCGAAAAUAUCAAUUUAUCUGUAUUUGUAGGUUUCGAUAUAUUUGGUCUCGAAAACAUUUUUUUUCUUUUUUAAAUUAAAAAAAAAAAUUAAAAUAAAUUAUUCAAAGUUAAUAGAAAAUUGUUUAAAAUAUUAUUUUGUUGACCCUAUAAAUGGGGAGAAAUUCAAUUUUUUAAUUUUUUAAUUUUUACCGAUACGAUUUAUUUACUUAGAAUUGUCGGAUAAUGUCGCAUUUGGUAUCAAUGGAAAGCUUUGUUUCUCAGAACUUAGAUAAAUAUAGUUGCCUAUCAUUUAUAAAUGUUACCGAACACUUUAAUCGGCGUUGAAUAAUGGUCAAAAAGGUGUUUUCUGAAGCAUCAACAUUGAACUUUUAAUAAAGAACCCAUUAGGAUUGGGCACACGUGUGGAAAAUGUACGUGUUAUCGGUAUUAAGUUUAUGAAAUUCAAUUAGACCGAGCAGUGUGUGCUCUGUGAAUAUGCUUUUUAAAAAAAAAAAAAAAAAAAAAAAAAAUAUUGUGUCCCCCCUCCCUCGCCCCCUUGGAAUGGAGUCACCCGGUGCGGUCCACCACAACCAUUCCCCCCACCUCACAAGCUACGCAACAGAUCUAAACUAACACGGUGUUCUGUUUAUUUAUUUUAUAUAUCUUUAUUUAUCACGUGUGGCUAUAUAUUAUUAUCCUGAUGUACGCUUUGUCUUUUAAAUUUGAGUUGUAGCUAAGCCAUUAUAUAUUUCUGUCUACUUUCAGAAAACUUGAUUGAAGUUCUUAAAAAGCAAAUGGAUGUCUACCGAUUCGACCAAUGGGUGCAAGUAUUAUUGAAGCGACUCAAAGACAACUACGUGUUUCGUGCAGUUUACGAUAAUGGCAACAGACUGGCUGUGCAUCCUCUGCUUGUCUACUACAGCAAGAUUGCCAAAACGCAGGGCACGUUGGUCAUUAAAGACCAGUCCUGUAAUAGGUCAGAAUUUUUUUCUGCUAUUGCAAUACCCUCCAGUUAUUAAGAUUUUGCUGAUAAGUAUCGUACUUACAUUAUUUUUCAAAUAAACUGAUUUUUUAAGAAUAUAGGCGUAUAUUUAAGCUAACUCAAACAUUUUUUAAACCAGAUAUUUGUAUACUUAUCUUAGAGAACCCAACUUAAAAUCGCCUUUUAAUCGUUUGUCACUUUCACUCUUCACUCGUUACUUUCAGUUUUACCGUCUUUGUGAGUCACGUCCUUAAGAAUGCGGAGAAAAACAUCCUGCUCCAUGGUAAGAAGGGUCAAGUGUACGGGUGCCUGGCCCAGGAAUGGCCACACGUGCGACACGUACUGGAACUAGCCAUCAACUGUACAUCAGGGACUUACGAUGCUUUCCUAAAGGUAAUAUACUACAGCAACCUAAGCAUAAUGAUUUAACAAUUUUUUUUUUUUGCUGCGUUCAAAUAAUAUUCAACAGUCUGACAAAGAUAUUUUAAAGGUUUGCUAUUAAAAUAAAAUAACUUAAUUAUUUUUACCCUCCGAACCUUAAAAGUCUGCACCAUACACAGUAACAACUUUAAGGUUGUUCCUUUGAGGGAAAGUUUUUGACUGGGCAUUAGAAGUUGCCCAAGAGCGAUCAUUGUUUUGAGAGUGCGCCACUCGCUUUGAGCAUGGUUUUGAAAUAAAAGAAGUACAUGUAGUAAGGCAGUAAUUUUGUUUUUUCAGUCAAUGACUCUGAUCUAUUUAUUAAUUAAUAUUGAUGUGAACAAUGUUAAAAUAAUUUCAUUCGUCUUUCAGGUUGCUGUACACGGAAGGCGUCUUGUUACGGCGUGCUUUCCCAAUGAAAGUAAAGACUUCUACAAGGCGCUGUUCAUUAGUGCAAAACAGUAUGGCAGUCCACAGCAACAAGCAGUGCUAGAAGCAUGUCUGGGGCAUAUCACAGCAUGUGGCAUCGGUAAGCUAACGUUUGGGGACAUCCCAACAUCUGGCGGUGAGCUAAUAUCUAGGGCGCUUCUUAGCAUCUGUCGUCGGUGAGCUAAUGUAUAGGGCAUAUCGCAGCAUCUGGUGCUGGUAAGCUAUUAGCAUCUGGUUCCAUUUAAUAAGAUUAAAUUUACAAGAUGUGACAAGAUUUGACAAGAUGUGACAAAGGAAAUAAGUAAAACAAAGUAGAAAAAAGGAACGCAACAACACAACAAACGCGUCACAAUUCUUUUGCUGCCCUCUCGGACACUACUUUUCAGAUGAGUGUAAUUUGUAUUUGAUUCUGUUUCUUCUGUUGUUCGUUCGCUGACGAAUGCUUCCUGUCCAUACUUUUUUUUUACUCAUUUCAUUUUUUGCUCACCCGAUUGCAGUCUCCCCACCACCCCCUUUUAUUACCAAAGAUGUGACAAGCAGCUAGCGGAAAUAACGAUGUUGUCUUUGCGUUCUUGUUUUUAACAAAAAAGCUAUCUUUUUUAUUUUAUAUUUUUAAAAAGGAAUAAACUGGAAGCUGUCAGAGAAACACUUGGACUCUGCCAUCGAGACUCUGAAAUCAGUUGGACCAGUUCAUUAUUACAAGUGGGCACUUGCAAGAAAAGCCAACAUUCUGCAAAGACAAGGCAAGAAUCAAGAAGCCCUGAAGUAAAUGACAAUGUGUUUGUCAGUGAACAUUCCUUUAGUCAUGUUGUAGCAGAGAAAAAUGACACCAUUAUUGUUAUCAUUAUUAAAGUAGUAUUCUAUAGCGCGGUUUCCCAGCCUAGCAAGCCUAGGGCUGGGCUCACUGCACCUCACAUACAAAUAACAAUGUUAUAAUAAAAUAUGUGAAUUUAGUUUACCACAGUAAUUUCAAGAAUUUUUUUUUAUAGGGAGAAGAAGAAUCAGACAAAAUUGUGCAUUGAAAGUUUGCUUGCAGUAAAUUUUCUAAUGUAGACAAGAGCUAAUUCUUGUUUAAUUCAUCAUAACUACUGGAGAGAUCUAUCUAUGAAAAUUAUACAAUAUUUUUUCUCUUAAAUAUUAUUUAUGAAAUAUAGAUCAAAGAAAGACAUUCUUUCGAGAUAAUCACAUGCUACUUAGAGAAUAACUUCUUCUAAUGUUCUUAAAAUGAAAUAUUUACUUACUCAGUUUUAUGAGUUCAAUUUGCACAACCACGUCUCUUGGAUUUAGGGCUAUAUAAACGUUUUUGUUAAAAUUUAAAGAAUGUAUUUAACGAGACACAACUUUAACCCUUCCACAUCAUAGUUUCAAUUAAUAAUCCAGUUUCUUCCCUUUACAAAUGACCCCUUUUAAAACUCACUCCACAUAAGCAAUCAGUUUGGUGAAUAUUUAUCUUAUUAUGUUUCUACUAAGACCUUUACAGAAAGGCAGCUAAUAUGAAUUUUGAGUUAAAGAGAGUAACAGUGCAAACUACUCUUUUCUUUGCAGGUAUUUCAUGAAAAUUAAGGAAGUAAGUAACUAUGACAUACCCGGAGAAGUUGAUGGAAUUCUUAAAAUCUCGGAACAGCAAGAAGAACAAGACAAAUUAACAACAGAAAUUCUUGCAACUCUGCCAAUGAUUUUUUUGGGUUUGUUAGUAAAAAAAAACAACAACUUUAUUUUUACAAACAUUUAGCUAUUUCUGCUCACGUUCUGAUACAUUUUAAAAAAAAUAUUUUAAAAUUCUAUCAUUCUUAUACUUAAAUUCUCAAAGGUAUGACAGGUACAUACAUACCCCUGUUUAAUAGAGAUUUAAAGAUUUUAACAAACAAGGAAACGCGUAAAACAAAGAGUUAAUAUACCCUUGGCAACCAGCAUGCUUCUCAACAAUACACUUUGUAGGGCCCUGGCCUCCACCACCACAUCCUUCAAUUCGGAACGAUCCACGGCUUUCCACCUCAAUGGUGGAACCCACAACUUGUGUAAAUCCUUCUCAGUCUUGAACGACCGGUGAGUCGCUUGCCCCAAGGCUUCUACCUGUAUAUCACUUUUGUUGCUCUACAAUCCGGCAUCCUUUCAAUAUGUCCUGCCCUGCCCUGCGCAGUCUACUUUUUUUUUUAUUAUUGCGACUAUGGGUGGGCCUUUGUACAAUUGGUCUAUAGCUCCUGGUUUGUACGGAUUCUUCAGACAUCAUUUUCUAUCACUGGGCCAUAUAUUUUUCUGAGGAUUUUCCUCUCCCAAACAUUGCGCAGGUUCUCUGCUUUUCUGGUAAGGGUCCAAGUCUCACUAGCGUAAGCUACUACUGGUCUUAUGAUAGUGGUGUAUAUUGUCUUCUUUGUUCCCAUUGAGAGGUUUUUGCUUCCCAGUAGCUUUUGAAUGGUAACACCCAGGUACUUUACUGAUGAAACUGUCUCAAGUAUAUGGCCAUGCAGUUAGUAUUGGUAGCCACUCUCUCAAAUUUUUGGUUGUUUAUAUUGCUUUUGGGCGUUUCUGGACAUUUUCAUAUAUUUUGUCUUCGGUUCAUUUAAAUCAAGACAAGCUUGAACUGAAGCAUUUUCAGGUUCCCUUUAUGCUUUAAUUAUGUCAUUUCUGUUUCUGUCAAGUAGCGCUAUAUCGUCUGCGUAUGCCAUGUACUGCAAUGGCUGACUAUAUAUCGUUGUUUUGUAAUACCUCUCUUGGAGUACCUUAUUACUUCUUUGAUCUCUUUCAGUGUUGGUUGGUUGACCAGUGGGUCCGGUCCUCCUGGAUCACUUCUUUGAUCUCUUUCAGUGUUGGUUGGUUGACCAGUGGGUCCGGUCCUCCUGGAUCACUUCUUUGAUCUCUUUCAGUGUUGGUUGGUUGACCAGUGGGUCCGGAUCUCCUUGAAGUAAAGCGUAACCCUCAUUGUCUCUUCCACCUCAGCCAUUCAGUCAAUCUAUAAAGUGUUGCGCCCAUCUCUCUAGUACUCGACUGCUCUCUGUGACCAGAUCUCCACCCGUACGUUCACACGUUCACACAUGUGGGAUCUUGCGUGAAAGCUGUUCUUUUCCUGCUUUAUCUUCAGGUUCAUUCCCCUCACAUCUCUUUCUUUUUGCCAACUCUUCUGUCGUUACUAUUUUUUUUUAUUAUUUCCCAAACUCGUUUUCUUUGUUCCUUUCUGCAAAUGUUGCUAGCCACCCUUCUUGUUUCAUUCAAUAAUUGUCUUCUUCUUGUGCUCAUUUGCAGCAUCAUUAGCCGAGCCUUGUUUCUUUCUUCUAUAAGUUCUCUGCACACUGCAUCAUACCACCCUGUUCUUUUCACCGUCAGUUUAAAUCCAAUCGUUUCCUCUGUUAAAAUUUUUAACUAUUUGCUUCAUAUUUUCCAAUUGCUCGUUUAUCACAACGUUGUUGGCUGAUUCCCUUUUGGAUAAUUCGAGUUGAGUUUCAAUCUUCUGUUGAUAUUCCUCAGUAAUUUUUGGGUCCCUGCUUAUAUUCUUGCUGUUAGUACUGUUUUUCUCUUUUAUUUUGUUAAUUGUGGAAGUUACCAACUCUUUGUUUAUAUUUGAUUCUUACAAGUAUGUGGUCUGAGUCUAUGUCCAACCCUCUACAGCUUUGUACAUGUGUCAUUAUGGUGCUACUACGUUUUAAUACAUUUUUACACUAAUUUUAAUGUUGUUUUUUUGUUGUUGUUAUUUUAAUAAUACAAUUAUUUAUGUUGAGGAAAUAUUUAAACUAGCUUAAACAUUUGUAGGAUUUCAUUAUUUUCUUUGUAAAGGUUUUCCUGCCCUUCUUAGUUUAUUUUGAGCGUGGUCAAUCUUUGGUCCUAAUCUCAUAAGCAUAGUAUUAUAUUUGUUUGCCUUUCAUUUCAUGCAACACAGGAGACAAUGAAAAAGCGAGGGACAGGCUUCACAUUUUGUUAAAUGAGUUGGAUUCCAGAUGUCCCAAUCACCCAGAGUUGUCCAUUCUGCUAAACAACAUUGGUCUAACAAUGCAAAGAGGUGAUUCUGUAGUAGGGAAAUUAACAUCAUUUGAAAUGCAGAGUUGGACAGAUAAAGGCUCUACUUUUAUUUGAUCAUAGUUAAGAUGGAGCGGAGUUAGAUAUUUUAUAAUAGUCAGGAUGGGUUAGAGAUUUUAUAAUAGUUAGACUGAGAUAUUUUAUAAUAAUCAGGAUGGGUUAGAGAUUUUAUCAUAGUUAGACUGAGUUAGAUAUUUUAUAAUAGUCAGGAUGGGUUAGAGAUUUUAUCAUAGUUAGACAGAGUUAGAUAUUUUAGGAUGGAUUUGAGAUUUGACCUUAGUUAGGCUUGGUUACAUUUUUUAUCCCAAAUAGGGGGGGGGUGGAUAAUUUGAAAGUAAUAAGGAUGGGUCGGAUAUUUAAUAAUGAUUAGGAUGAACUCAAAAUUGUAUCCUAAUUAGGAUGAAAUAGAUAUUUAAUCAUAGUUGUGAUGGUAUAGAUAACAACUGGAAAAUUUACAAGUGGAACAUUUGGUUCAUAUAUUUUUCUUGCAUGUUAAAAAAAAAAAAUUACAUUUUUACCAUUUGAAAUACUUUAAACUGUUUCCUGUGUCACAGUUAUCUCUCUUGUGUCUGGGUUGUCCACUUAGCUCUACACAAGUUAUCAUUGUGAAAUUAACCUCUAACAGUGUUUGAGAGUCUGUAAAAAAGUAUUAGUACCUUAACGAAUCUAGUGGUAUUAAAAAUAAUGCUUAGAAUGAUGUAAUGUAAUGUCUAAUGAGCUUGCGAAUUAAUACAUUUAAUAGGUAACAAAGAUUUGAGAGGAGCUCUUGAGUGGUAUCAAAGAGCUUACAUACAGAGAAGUUACCUUGAAAAAAUUUGUCCCGAAGACUUGGUGGUUCCACUCAACAACAUCGGAAUGUGCUUUGCAAGACUUAAUCAGCUGGGUGAGCUGUGACCGCUCAAAGUGUUGAAUUACCUGCUUUUUUUCCGGCUCAUUUUCCCUGACUGCAAAUUAAACUGCGGCCAUUAACAAAGGAAGCUAUCUCCAUUAAAAAAAUAAAACCAUGGCCGUUAACAAAUUCAACAGUUGCCAUUAACUUAUUAAGCUAUGGCCAUUAACUUAUUAAGCUAUGGCCAUUAACUUAUUAAGCUAUGGCCAUUAACUUAUUAAGCUAUGGCCAUUAACUAAACGAUUGUACUUAAAUUAAUAAAUUACACUAUGGCCAUUAACUUAUUAAGCUAUGGCCAUUAACUAAACGAUUGUACUUAAAUUAAUAAAUUACACUAUGGCCAUUAACUUAUUAAGCUAUGGCCUUGAACUAAUUAUACUAUGGCCAAUACUAUGUUUUUUCAUAUUAUUAUAUUUGAAUGAUCCAAACAGUCGGCCCUUCUCUUGAGUAAACAUUUACAUUCUAUGUUCAUGUAAUAAGUAUUUCGACUUGCUGUUUUUUUAGUGAAAAUACACUUCAUUAACAUGGUUUAUUCAAGGAAAAAAAGAAGAUUGCAAUGCUUAAAACAUUUUAAACUAUAUUCAUUUUCCAGAGCGUGGCAAACGAUGCCUGGAAAAAGCCCUUGAAAUCCAACUCGAGCGAGGAGGGGCUCACUACAAUACGGCCUUGACAUUGGCUCAUCUAGCUGAACUGAGCAUCAAAAAGUGAGAUAAUUGUGGCUAAUGUCAUGCGCUCUUAAAUAGUUUUGAAAUACACGGAAAUAAAUUUCAACAACAUUAUAAGAAUUACGUUUUUUUUCACUAGCUCUUUCACAUAAAAUAUCUAUCUAUCAAGAGGUGGGUCCGGGGGGGGGGAGGGGGGCAUUAUUUAAAAUAAUGUCUUAUAUUUAUAUUCUUAGUAACUUUAUUUAUAAUAAUUAAAUGGUUCGAAACUUUAAAACACUUCAAAAAAAGAAGUAAAAAUAAAAGUAAUCCUCAAUAAAAACAAGUUUUGUAAAAAAAAAGUAAUUAUGAUUUAAAACUCUCUAUUUGUGGCUUAAGAGAACAGAACAUAGGGAAAAUUAAAAAAAAAUAAAAUAAAUAAAACUAGGCAGUCAAAAUACAUGGUUAGCUGUGUUCCCUACAUUUCUAUGAAUAUGCUACAAUUGAAAAUAUUUAUUUUCCAAAUCAAAUGAUGAUUUUGAUCUUCUUUUCAAUUUUGAUCAGGCAAAAUUUUAUGGAAGCUUAUGAAAAAGCCUUGGAGGCGGAGGAAAUAUUGAAAAAGAUUGCCAAACAACAUGACUGUCGGCUUCGUGUGCUGAACUCAUUGGUCCAUUACAGAAUAAUUAUCAGACAAUUAAAUCUGACGACGGCUGAAACGACAACGGCUCGCUUUGUGAAGUCUGCUGAAGAUUUUGUUGAUUACAUGUUAGAACUUGUAAGCAGUAUGCAACUAUCCGAUGAAGGCCACCAUGACACGAUGGCAGCUUAUGAGCAUGGAAUGAUUCUAAAGUGGGGGAACUCUCGAGAAAAGUUUCAGCAGUACAAAAAUGAAUACUUGUUAUUUGUUUUAGAAAACGAGUGGGUUCGAGAUUUGAUGUUUUCUAAGAAAGAUGAACUUGCUUCGGCCGCCAAACACAAAAGUCUUUACUUUUACGUCAGCGAUACAGAAUAUGAAGAUCUUGAUCUGGAAACAUUCAUCAGUUAUAUGACACAUGCAUGUGCACAUUGUCAAGAGGUCAACCAGGUUUAUAGUGCAAACAUGUGGCAGGAUGAGGUCGGAUACUUGACACAUCAACGUCAGCAAAAAUUAUAUUGCAGAGACGGUAGUUUUUCUGCAUAAAACGUGUAGCUAUACAUAAUUUGUCAAACUUUGUAAGAAUUAAGACAUACAUUUGAAUGUAUCUGGCAGGACCACAAAAUGCUCAUUAGCAAUUUUUUAUUAUUUUACAAUUUCCAUGCUGUACUAAAAUCUGGCAACAUCUACGCCACAGAAGUAAGCUGAAAUAGAAUCAUGUAAUAAUGAGAAAUGAAAAAAAAAUUAACCACAUAAUCGGGAAUUUUAAAAAAAAUUGGCAAUGGGAAGUUAUUUAAAAUUUAUGAAAUCUCAGAACUUAAAGUGGCAUUUUUAAAUUUAAUAAAUAAUUCAUGGUGUUAUCUGGUUUCUUGAAGUUAUCUACAAGGUAACAAUAAAUUCUAACUGUACUCUAUUCCAUCUUAAUCUUAACUUGAUUAUACAAACACAAGUACACAAGUCAGCUAUUUGUAUUUAUGAAAUAAAUUCAACGUUAAUCUUAAUGUAGAUUAAGAAUAUUUUUUUUUACUAAAUAUCCGAACCUCUUAUUUUUUUUUUUAUUCCAUCGGCUUGUAAAGAAGAAAUAAAGAGUUUUCUCAAUAGACAAAUAAAAGCUUUUUAUUACUAGUUUUAGGAUGUUUUCUUAUAGGCUAUGAGCUAAAUAAUGUUAUUGUUAAAUACUGAAUGCAAAGUUAUUAUAAUGGACCACCA